CCCCCGGGAGCCCAGGGAAGCCUGAAGUUUUAAAGUGAGAACUUUCUUCUGGCAGGGCUUCAGAUUUGAGGGGGAACCCGGUCUCUCCCUUCUCCUUCCCCCCUGGGCGGGCUGUACAAUCCUCGGCAGUGUCCUGAGACUGUAUGGUCAGCUCAGGGGCGACCUGGCCAGGAUUGCUUCAGCCUUUUCCUGGAGGACAACUAGUGCACCAGCGUUGCUGUGAGCUGCGAGAGCGCGAGCUAUUCCCCGGCCUUCCCAAACCCGGCUUCCUCCCUCCACGCCUGGGAUCUCUAGGCUGCCCGGUGCUUUUUUGGGGCAGGGGGGAUCGGCGAGCAGGACACCCACAGCCGUGACCGAGGAGCCCUUGUUGGCAGCCCGAGUUGGUUUAAGCAGCACAAAGGGCAGCAGCCUCAAUAAUGACAGCUGACAAGGAAAAGAAAAGGAGCAGCUCAGAAAGGAGGAAGGAGAAAUCAAGAGAUGCAGCAAGGUGCAGAAGAAGCAAGGAGACUGAAGUAUUCUAUGAAUUAGCCCAUGAACUGCCCUUGCCCCACAAUGUUAGUUCGCAUCUGGACAAGGCAUCCAUAAUGCGUCUGGCAAUCAGUUUCUUACGCACUCACAAACUGCUGUCCUCAGUAUGUGCUGACAAUGAGAGUGACCUAGAGACAGACCAGCAGAUAGACACCUUGUACCUGAAAGCUUUGGAGGGAUUUAUUGCUGUGGUGACACAAGAUGGAGACAUGAUCUUUUUGUCAGAGAACAUCAACAAAUACAUGGGUCUCACGCAGGUGGAAUUAACUGGACAUAGCAUAUUUGACUUUACCCACCCAUGUGACCAUGAGGAAAUUCGAGAGAAUCUGAGUUUGAAAACUGGUCCAGGCUUUGGAAAGAAAAGCAAAGAGAUAUCCACAGAGCGUGACUUCUUCAUGAGAAUGAAAUGCACUGUUACCAACAGAGGCAGAACUGUAAACCUCAAAUCUGCCACAUGGAAGGUCUUGCACUGCACUGGACAAGUUAAGGUGUAUAACACUUGCCCUCCUCACACCCUGUGUGGGUAUAAGGAGCCUCUUCUCACCUGCCUUAUAAUAAUGUGUGAACCCAUUCAGCACCCAUCAAACAUGGAUAUCCCACUGGACAGCAAGACUUUCUUGAGUCGCCAUAGCAUGGACAUGAAAUUUACCUACUGUGAUGACAGAAUUACUGAAUUGAUUGGGUACCACCCAGAAGAGCUACUGGGCCGUUCUGCAUAUGAAUUCUAUCAUGCCAUGGACUCAGAAAAUAUGACUAAAAGCCAUCAGAACUUGUGUGCAAAAGGUCAAGUAGUAACUGGCCAGUACCGAAUGCUUGCAAAGCAUGGUGGAUAUGUAUGGCUGGAGACUCAAGGAACUGUCAUUUACAAUACACGCAACCUACAACCUCAGUGUAUUGUCUGUGUCAACUAUGUACUGAGUGAAAUUGAGAAGAAUGACAUUGUGUUCUCAAUGGACCAGACGGAAUCUCUGUUUAAGCCUCACCUGCUGACAAUGAAUACUGUUUUUGAUAAUGGGGUCCCAGUGACUGAGAAGAGUGACUUCUUGUUCACAAAACUGAAGGAAGAACCGGAGGAGCUUGCUCAAUUGGCACCCACACCAGGCGAUGCCAUUAUUUCUCUGGAUUUUGGAACACAGAAUUUUGAGGAAGCCUCUAUCUACAACAAAGCUGUUGUUUUGACUCUAAACAAACAGUGGCCAGUGGAAGUGAAGACCCAUACUUCCCAAGGUGAAAAGCUGACUAUGCCAUCAUUUACCGUGCCCCAAGUUGCACCAGGCAGUAGUACUCCAAGUGCAAGUAGCAACAGCAGCUGUUCAACGCCAAGCAGCCCAGAAGACUAUUACAGCUCCUUAGAUGAAGAUCUUAAGAUUGAGGUGAUUGAGAAGCUCUUUGCCAUGGACACAGAGUCAAAGAACCAGUGCAACUCCCAGACUGAUUUCAAUGAGCUGGAUCUUGAAACCCUGGCUCCUUACAUUCCCAUGGAUGGAGAAGAUUUCCAGCUGAGUCCAAUCUGCCAAGAAGAACGUCCUCUCCCUGAAAAUGCACAAAACCAGCAAAGUUUAAGUAGCAUGAGUACCAUUUUCCAGCCCCUUGCUCCUGCCUCUCAGAAUCAGUUCCUCUUGGAGAAAUACUGCCAACAGAUGUCAAAUAAAAACAUGAACCCUGGUCAUGGACCUCUGUCAUCUGUGUCCUUCAACACCACAAACAAGUCCUCACUGCCACCAUACCAUGCGCGAGCCAGCACACCACUGGCUUCAAUGGUUGGAAGACCAAGCACCCAGUGGCCACCUGAUCCACCAGUACAGUAUGUUCCUGCUAAGUGGAGACUAAUGGAUAAAUACUGUGGGUCCUUAGCAAGUUCAUCAUCAGGGCCACCAGUGCACUCUCCCAACAUGUCCUUAUAUAAGAAAAGAUCACUGGACAGUUUUGAGCAACGGGGCAUAGAUAUAAACCCUGCAAGAAUUGCUCUUGCCAACAGUUUGAAACUGAAGCGACAGAUGGAUUAUGAAGAUCAACCAUUUCAACAGCUGAGUGGGGCGGAUUUGUCAAUGAUGAACCCAUCUCAUUUAAUGUGGAAAAGGAUGAAAAUUCUCAAAGGUGAAAAUUGUUCAUUGGUUACUGAAAAGAAGUCACUCAGCACAAGUGUCCUUACUGAUGAGUUUAUUCGUAACUCACAGAAAGGUGUGAGCCAACCAAUGAACCAACUGCAGCAGCGACAGCAGCAACUCUCCUGUGGAAGCCCUGGUGAUAAUCAGAAAGCAGCAUUCUCCCCUCAGUUUUACAGUUCUCAUUAUCAGAACUUCAAUGUUCAACCAACUCAUAAAAAGUCAGGAGUGACAAGUCGUCUGCUUGGGCAGUCUUAUGAACCCUAUUUGUUGCCUGAAUUGACCAGAUAUGACUGUGAGGUGAAUGUCCCUGUUUUGGGCAGUUCUACACUUCUGCAAGGAUGUGAUUUGCUCAGAGCUCUUGACCAGGCAACCUGAGUAACCUUGCACUAUUCCUUGGCCUAUACUGUUCAAAACAGCUUCAGUUUUUAAAUAUAUUUUUUCAAGUAGACAAUUUCUAAUACCCAAUACACUUUUACAAGAUUUUACUUAUGUAUUGAACUUGUCCACAUUACCAAAUAGUGGCCUUUUUGAAGUUACUCACUUUAUUAUUCUUAUUAAAAAUAUACAUCUACUGUAUUUUUCUCUAUUUCAAUAAAAGUGUUCUUUAGAAAAUGUAUAUUAUUUCCCCUCCUGCCUGACUUGUAAUUUAUAUUCUCUGACAUUUUCUUCAGUAUUCAUGCUAACAAAACUGUGGUGUAAAUGUCUCUCUAAUACUUUGGCUCCUGUACUGCAAAGAUUGAUUUUUAUUGCCAAAGAUAAAUGAAAACAAACAAAAAAAUCUGCUUUCCAACCACAGUUUGUGUUGACCUUCUAAAUUAAAAUGCUCCAUGCCCCUAUUGUGUUUGUACUCUCUAUUUCCCAGCACUAAUUAUAUUGUAAAUUAACAUCUUUGGGGAAAAAAAUAAAAGUCCUCACACUAC